CGCUGAAGAGAAGGGAGACGAAUUGAAUCUCAAUAUGGAUGUCAUCAGCUAUGAUGAUUUGAUUGCCGGUAUUAAGAAGAAGGAGCUUCAUCUGUUUGAUGUGCGCUCCCCCGAGGAGUGUGCUGCCACGGGCACGAUGCCGACCGCUGUCAACAUACCACUGGGACAGUUAGAAGAGGCUCUCAGCAUGACGCCAGCGUUGUUCAAGGUCACGUACGGCGUCGACAAGCCGCCGGCAGAUAGCAUGAACGUCGUCUUCUCCUGCCAGGCUGGUAACAGGAGCAAAGGCGCUCUCGCUACAGCGAAGCAGCGUGGUUACUCUAAAGCUCGGCAUUACCCCGGUGGCAUCAGAGAGUGGCUGGUCAAGAACAACAAGCCGUAAUAGGCAGUCCGUAGGUCAGUGUUUACAGCGGGUUGGUCAAACAAACAAGCACGAAGAGAUGCCCGCCAACCCUCGCUCUGCAUCCACUAAUUCGCUUUAUUUACCUGGCUUCCCUCCCCACCACCUUUCUUCACGCUCCACGUAUAUAUACAGCCACCAAGUGUCCGUAAAACUUUCUUACAGAUUUUUCGGGGAGUGGUAUUGGGAAGUCGAAUCGAUAGCAACCCUUUCCUGUGCACCGGUGCAGUUUUUUGUGCUGAUUGCUGCCUUAAAACGACUAGAAAGAAUUUAUAGUAGAGCCUAAUGGAUUUGGAUGUUGAGUGAAUUGCACGCGUUGAAACUUUUGAUUGUGCUGUUUACGACCAAAUAACAAAAAUAC